GUCAGUCCCGCCCCAGCUCCAGCCUCCAGCCCAGCCCCGGCUCUGGACCCAGCCCCCGGCUUCAGCCCCAGCUGCAGCCUCAACUCCGGCCGGAUCCCCCGCUCCAGCGCGCGCUCGGCUCCUGAGCUCGGACGUCUCCACGCGCCCCACGGUGGCUGUGGGCCUGGCUCUCCGUCGCCUGCGCUCGUGCCCCGGGAUCCUCCACCCGCCCUGCACCCUGGAGCGCCCGGCCGCGAGCCUCUGCCAGCUCCUCGGGAUCCUUGCGGCCGUGGGCAGCGGCUGCCGCGCCUGUGCCCCGGCGGAAGGACCGUCCUCGCUGCACGCGCGCAGUAACUCUGGCUGCACAGCGGAGCCCCCGGGGAACACGGGCGCCGCUGCAACAUGGCAGACGAAGACCUCAUCUUCCGCCUGGAAGGGGUUGACGGCGGCGGGUCCUCCCGAGCUGGCCACGACGGCGAUUCUGACGCAGACAGUGACGAUGACGAGGGUUACUUCAUCUGCCCCAUCACUGAUGACCCCGUGUCCAACCGGAACGUCAGCUCCAAGGCCCAGAGCUACUACAGCAACCUAGCGAAAAGCGAGUGCGGCCCCACAGGGUCACCGGCCGGCUCCUUCCACUUCAAGGAAGCCUGGAAGCACGCGAUUGAGAAGGCCAAGCACAUGCCCGACCCCUGGGCUGAGUUCCAUCUUGAGGACAUCGCCACGGAACACGCCACUCGGCACAGGUACAACGCUGUCACCGGGGAAUGGCUGAAGGACGAGGUUCUGAUCAAGAUGGCGUCUCAGCCCUUCGGCCGUGGAGCCAUGAGGGAGUGCUUCAGGACGAAGAAACUCUCCAACUUUUUGCAUGCCCAGCAAUGGAAGGGGGCCUCCAACUACGUGGCCAAACGCUACAUCGAGCCUGUGGACAGGAGCGUGUACUUUGAGGAUGUGCAGCUCCAGAUGGAGGCGAAGCUCUGGGGAGAGGAAUACAAUCGGCACAAGCCCCCCAAACAGGUGGACAUCAUGCAGAUGUGCAUCAUUGAGUUGAAGGACAGACAAGGCCAGCCCCUCUUCCACCUGGAGCACUACAUUGAGGGCAAUUACAUCAAGUAUAAUUCCAACUCAGGCUUUGUCCGUGAUGACAACAUCCGACUGACACCACAGGCCUUCAGCCAUUUCACAUUUGAGCGUUCUGGCCAUCAGCUAAUUGUGGUGGACAUCCAGGGUGUGGGUGACCUCUAUACCGACCCACAGAUCCACACGGAGAAAGGCACUGACUUUGGAGAUGGGAAUCUCGGUGUCCGGGGAAUGGCUCUCUUCUUCUAUUCUCAUGCCUGCAACCGUAUUUGCAAGAGCAUGGGCCUUGCACCCUUUGACCUCUCGCCACGGGAGCAGGACGCGGUGAAUCAAAGCACCAAGCUAUUGCAAUCAGCCAAGACCAUCUUGAGGGGGACAGAGGAGAAGUGCGGGAGUCCCCGCAUAAGGACGCUCUCUGGCAGCAGGCCCCCCUUGCUCCUUCGCCUCUCGGAGAACUCCGGGGAUGAGAACGUGAGCGAUGUGACCUUUGACUCUCUGCCUUCCUCCCCGUCUUCAGCCACUCCACACAGCCAGAAACUGGACCACCUCCACUGGCCAGUGUUUGGUGACCUCGAUAACAUGGGCCCCAGAGACCAUGACCCUGUGGACAAUCACCGGGACUCUGAGAAUAGUGGGGACAGUGGAUACCCAAGCGAGAAGCGAAGUGACCUGGAUGACCCUGAGCCCCGAGAACAUGGCCACUCCAAUGGCAACCGAAGGCCGGAAUCAGAUGAGGACAGCCUGGGCAGCUCUGGUCGGGUCUGUGUGGAGACAUGGAACCUGCUCAAUCCUUCCCGCCUGCACCUGCCGAGGCCCUCGGCUGUGGCCCUGGAAGUGCAAAGGCUAAAUGCCCUGGACCUUGAGAGGAAAAUCGGGAAGUCUGUUUUGGGGAAGGUCCAUCUGGCCAUGGUACGGUACCACGAGGGCGGGCGCUUCUGCGAGAAGGACGAGGAAUGGGACCGAGAGUCAGCCAUCUUCCACCUGGAGCAUGCAGCCGACCUGGGAGAACUGGAGGCCAUCGUGGGCCUGGGCCUCAUGUACUCUCAGCUGCCCCACCACAUCCUGGCUAAUGUUUCUCUGAAGGAGACAGACGAGAACAAGACGAAAGGCUUCGAGUACUUACUGAAGGCGGCAGAAGCUGGUGACAGGCAGUCCAUGAUCCUAGUGGCCCGAGCUUUUGACACUGGUCUGAACCUCAGCCCAGACAGGUGUCAAGAUUGGUCAGAAGCCUUACACUGGUACAGCACAGCCCUGGAGACGACGGACUGUGAUGAAGGUGGAGAGUACGAUGGGAUACAGGAUGAGCCCCAGUAUGCACUGUUGGCCAGGGAGGCAGAGAUGCUGCUCACUGGUGGAUUUGGGCUGGACAAGAACCCCCAGAGAUCAGGAGACUUGUACACCCAGGCAGCCGAGGCAGCGAUGGAGGCCAUGAAGGGCCGGCUAGCCAACCAAUACUAUGAGAAAGCAGAAGAGGCCUGGGCUCAGAUGGAGGAAUGAUGCUCCCAUUAGAUCACUGCCAGCUGGUCCCAAGGAGAAGGGCUGGGGAGAGGGGAGAGAGACUCAUUUCUUCUGGGAGGGGGCAGAUAGUUUUACAAAACUAUAAAUUCACUUUUGUAUUUCA